AAUUUGAUGUCUGUGGCCAUGGGCGCCGCCAUUUUUUUAUUUGUCUUAGAUUAAAAAGUUUAUUCCGGAUAUAAACGAAUGGAGUAAAUAUGGCGAGCAUCAGGCAGAGUGCGGUUCCCGGCUCACAAGAAUCUGAGGAGCAACAAAGAAUCAGAUUUCAAACAGAACUAGAAUUUGUGCAGUGUUUGGCCAAUCCUAAUUAUCUCAACUUUUUAGCCCAAAGAGGAUAUUUUAAGGAUCCAACUUUUGUCAACUACUUGAAAUAUUUGCAGUAUUGGAAAGAACCCAAGUAUGCUAAAUAUCUGAAAUACCCCCAGUGUCUGUUUUUCCUUGAACUGUUACAGUAUGAACAUUUUCGUAAGGAGCUUGUCAACGCUCAGUGUGCUAAGUUUAUUGACGAUCAGCAACUGUUGCACUGGCAGCACUACCAGAGGAAGAGACUGACUUUGUUACAGGAGGAGAUGGCCUCUCAGCGGGCCCUACAGCAGCCACCCAAGGAGAAACCUGGAUAAUGCAUCAUGAUUAUUGCAGCAACCAAAUUCAAGCCGGGUGAAACUAGUUCACUUGCCAGACAGGAUGUGCAAGUCUCUGCAUCAGAGAUCUGCCAUUUUAUUGUUAAGUGUUGUGUUCCAUCACUGGUGUCUACUUCCUAUCAACAAUGUGUCAACAGUGCAUUUUAUGUUCAUGGUGGAAAUUCAUAAAACUCUGAAGUAUAUUUUUGUAUCAAAUCAAAAUACACUGUACCAAAAUAUUACUUUAUAUGUAUUCUGUAUGAAAAUAAGAAUAAACUGUCCUUAUAUUAAAUUGC